CUAUGCUCUUUUCUCAUAACGAAGGCGACAUUUAAUUGACCUUUGCAUCAUUCUCUACGCGUAUAAACCCUAAAUUAACCAUUUACCUAUCUCGCGCUGUUCCCUUUCUCUUCGUCAAAAUGGCGGAUUCUCCUCGUAAAAGAAAUUCUCAGUCUCCCUCUCCAUGGAGAGAACAGUCAAGAUCCAGAUCUAGAUCUAGACCUAGGUCUAGGUCGAGAUCCCGCUCCUGGUCAAGGCCAAGGCAUAGGUCCAGGUCACGCAGUCGUGGCAGGUCAAGGUCAAGAAGUAGUGGCAGGGUUGAAUCUGGAAAUCCUGGAAACACACUUUAUGUUACUGGUCUAUCUCAAAGGGUCACAGAGAGGGGUCUUGAAGAGCACUUCUCCAAGGAGGGGAAGGUGGCAUCGUGUUUUUUGGUUGUUGAACCUCGUACACGCAUAUCUCGUGGUUUUGCUUUUGUUACCAUGGACAAUGUUGAAGAUGCCAACCGGUGCAUCAAGUAUCUCAACCAAUCAGUUUUAGAAGGUCGAUACAUAACUGUGGAGAGGUCACGGAGGAAGCGGCCAAGGACUCCUACACCAGGGCAUUAUCUUGGACUGAAAAAUACCAGAGACUAUGGUGGUCGUGGUGAUCGUGGCAGGUAUCGUGGUGGCCGUGAUGACUAUGGGUAUCGUCGAUCUCCAAGACGGUCACCAUAUCGAGGUCGUGAUUAUUCUCCAAGAUAUUCUCCUCAUGGUGGAAGAUCAAGGAGGGACCGUUCGUAUUCGCCACCUUAUUCUCGUGGUUCUAGGUGAAGCAUUACAGUUGGAAGCAAUCUCUAAACGUGAAAAGACGAGGGCUUGUUACUGAGUCACGUCAGUGUUGAAUGUUGAUGUAUGCUCUAGUUUGGAGUUUGGACAGAGCUUCGAGUUUAAUGUUUGCAGCUUCCUUUUUUCUC